AUGAAAUUAUUAUUACCUAUUCUAAACAUUUUACUAUACGCUACCAUUACUAUCGAGGCUCUUCCUCGAAUAUCUACAAGAAAUGAAAACCACACAUCGAGUGGCGAAUGGAAAUUUGUUGGAAAAACCGGCGUAUCUGCAAUGCACAUGACCCUCAUUCGGCCGACAAAAGUUUUAAUAAUCGAUAAAGCCGGUAGAAACCCAGAGGCUUUGUUAUCCAAAGGACGAUACGCUUAUUCGACUCUGUACGAUUUGAGUACGAAUACUUAUCGUAUAUUAAGUCUGCACACAAAUACUUUUUGUUCUGCCGGUGCAUAUCUAGCCAACGGGACCAUGGUGGAAACCGGUGGUGCCGAGGAUACCUUUGGAGAAAAGAAUGGAUUUCAAUCGGUUCGUUUGAUUGACGGAUGUGAUGAUAAAAGUUGUGAUUGGUUAGAAUUUCCCUAUAAUUUGGAUUCUCCAAGGUGGUAUAAUUCAAUGGUUACCUUACCUGAUGGUCGUGUAUUUAAUCUUGGCGGUUCGAUCAAGGCUGCUGCGAUCAACAGAAAGGAUAUUGAAAAUCCCACCUUUGAAUUUUAUCCAAAAGAACAUGAAAAAGGUCAUAAAAUUCAAUUUUUGGAGGAUUCCUUUCCAUAUAACCUUUAUCCUAUCGUGAUGGUAUUACCCGGUCCUAAAGAUCAACAUCAAUUAUUCUUGUCCGCAAAUAAGAAAGCUCAAAUUUGGGAUUAUGUCACGAAAGAAACCGUAAAACAUUUACCUGAUAUUCCAGGUGGACCACGUACUUAUCCACUUACCGGUUCUGGCGCUUUGUUACCUUUAAGGCAUGAAGAUGGUUAUAAGGCUGAAAUUCUGAUUUGUGGUGGUGGUACUGAAAUGAAAAGAAAAGCUCCCGCCGAAAAAACUUGUGAAAGGAUCGAUUUAUCUGAUGAAAAUCCUCAAUGGGACGAAGAAGAAUUUGGUCAUAAUCAACCAACUGGUCGUGUAAUGCCUGAUGCUAUUCACUUACCUAAUGGUAAAAUUUUAUUUUUAAAUGGAGCGGGUCAAGGGUUCGCAGGUUGGGAUUUAAGAGCAAAACCCAAUAGACCAUUUGAACAUACGGCGAGUUUACCGACAAAAGCUCCACUCUUAUAUGAUCCUUUGGCAAAGAAAGGUUCAAGGUGGAGUCAGCUUGCCGAAGAUCCAAUUAUAAGGGUUUAUCAUUCAUCCGCUACUUUACUUCCAGAUGGUAAAGUCUUCGUAGCUGGUAGUAAUCCAAAUAUAAAUUAUUGUAGUAUCGAAGAUUGUGCACAUCCAACCGAACAUAGAGCCGAAGUAUUCACACCACCUUAUUUAUUAAAUGGAAAUCCCAUACCAACGAUCACAAAAGUUGCAGGUCACAAGAAUCUCAAUGGAGAUAAAGCAGUUCCAGUAACGUAUGAACAAAAAAUUUCAGUAUCUGUUGACAUUGAUAGUUCAGAUACGGAAUUUACCGCUUCAUUAUCACACAUGGGAUUCAUCACGCAUUCACAACACAUGUCUGCUAGAGUCGUCACGUUAAAAGUAGAAAAUGUUCGAAAGUCAGAAUCAGGUUUUACAAUGGACAUUACAAUGCCACCAAAUUCAAAUGUGUUCCCACCGGGAAGACAUAAUUAUUUAUUCGUUCUCAACAAGGGUACUCCCGCUAAAUCAGCAAUAGAAUUGCACGUCAAUCUUUAA